GCCUAGGCAACGAGUGAAAAUAUAAACAACAAAAAAUUUUCUGCGAUGGAUUGGGCUGAAGAGCUGAAAAUGACAAUUAGAAAGACAACGGCGCGAAAGGGUCGUCGUUCAAAAAGUCGCGAUGUGCUAAAUGAAACCCAGGCGGGGGCUUCGAGUGCUGCCUCGACGCAUAAGCUUGCUAAGGAUUUAUCGAUAGAUAUUACGUUGGAUAUACACAAUGAGAGCACAGGCAGUCCAACAACAACGACAACAGCGGCAACAACACCAACAACAUUCAAUAAUGAAUUUGAUUCAAAUCGACCGCCAAUUAGACGUGUCUCAGGUGGUUGGGCAGAUUCAGGCCAAAAAUCCCUGAAAUCAAAGAAAAAUUCGUUUGAUGACGAGCGAUUUCAAAUAACAAAAUCAGCUACAAGCACAAUACCCACAGAUGAUAUACCCAUUGUACCAGAUCUUGACGAUAUCAGGGAUGAAAUUUUGCUAAACGAAAUUGUCGAACCGCCCUCCAGUGUUGCCAUCAAUCGUGACGUCACAUUUAAGGAGCUCAGCUCUGAUUUGCUAUCGCAGAAUGCGUUCUCAGCUAUCGAGGAUGUCGACUUAUCGAUAUUGACGCGUUGCCUGCAGGCCCAAGAGAAUCUGGAUGAACCCGACGAGGUUUGGGAGUGGGAGAAACUUUUUACAGGGAUCACGGCUCAAAUAAAUUCGGACAAAACGUCGAGCGUUGGCAUGCCCGAAAAGAUUGAAAUUGGUCCCGACGAAAUACCGUCAACGGCUAAACUUAAUUAGUUAUGUAAAACAUAAAUAAAUGCAAUGUUUAAAUUUA